AUGGGAGCCUCGGCCUCAACCAUUCACUACCCAAGGGACUCGGAGGAUGCAUUCGAGGCCCUCCAGGUUCUAAAGAGGAAACUACCGGCCGAACUCGUCCUCGAGAUCUUACAUUAUGCCGAGUAUUGGGUUCAUUCCCAGGUGUCAAGGGAGCAAGCACUUAGUUAUGGAGAGAACGAUUGUCGCAACAGGACGCCAUACCUGAUAUCAGAUCCCAUUCAAGGCGGACGAUCCCCCGUCCGAGAGAUUCGAAUGGAAAUAUGGAGUCAUGACCAAGGAUGGAGCAGUUACUCUGAGGAUCAUGGCACCUACCGAAAUUCCUGGACUUGGUUUGAUUUGGGGAUUGAAAGAGCCAUUGAAAGAGAAGAUGUUUCGGAGGAUCUAGGCGUUCGCCUUGCGACCAAUAUGCAUGCAAGCAGAGUGACUCAGAAUCACCAGCUAGUGUAUCGCGCAGAGGAUGACUUGCCUUGGAUGCAAAGUCUUCAAGCUGAGGAUCGGGUUUCGAUCAUUCCGAGGGCGCUUUUUCCUGGUUGGCAAAAUUUUGUCGAAAAGGCAUCCAUUGAGAUUUAUACGGAUCCUUUGAGUUAG